CACAAAAUUCGACGGCGAUUGGAUCGAUACAAAUUAUGUUUAAGGGGUUGCAUGGGUUUCACAGUUUCAAAAAAUCGAAUUUUUUUUUAUUGUCUUAUUAAUUUCUACAACAUCUCGAGAAUAUUAUCCUAAAUUUUCAAGUCCAUCCGAAUAAAAGUUUCGGUGAUACAGCCUUGGGAAGGCGCGCGCUCAAUAUUGUUUGUCUGUAUUUAUUGUCCAUUGCUUUCACUUUCUAAGGGCAGCUAGUUUCAAAUACUUAAGUUGAUGAUUACUUCUCGAAUCACAAAGUUUAUUUAAGAUUAUCCAAAGCAACUGUUGUAAAAUUUAUUAAAAAAUGCCUAAAGUUCCGAGAACUCAGUUAGCGGACGGGGCUCGUAGAAAAGAUAGACCAAGAAAAAGGAGACAAUCAUUCAAUCCUAAAAAUCCGAAAAUUGAUGAUGAUUCCUUCACGAGCACAUCGGCAAAAAAAUUAAAAGGUAACGAUAAAAAUCACGUGCCAGAGGAAGACACGCUCCAAUAUUCAAUUAUAGACUUUGCCUUAGUUUUUUCAACACUCUCGUCGUUUGUGCGAUGUUCUAACAUUAUUAAAAAUAAUGAUGAAGAAAAAUUGUGUAAUGCAAAAUUAGAUUUUAAACAAGGCUCGAAAUUCGGUCUGGGAUUCAAAAUUGUAGUAGCAUGUGAACGAUGCGAUCCGAAAUAUAUUUUAUCAUGUAAACAAAUCGGAAAAAUAUAUGAACUAAAUCGCCGGUUCAUUUUUGUUAUGCGAAUAUUGGGCUUGGGGCUUGCCGGAUGCAAGAAAUUUUGCGGCUUGAUGGAUCUAAGCAGUUCAUUUUUAAAUCAAUCAACAUACGAUUUUUAUAUUGAUAAAAUACAUGAGUGUAUCGGGACAAUUGCUCAAACACUAUUCUCCUCUGUUGCUAAACAAGAAAAGCAAUUAACAAGCUUUGAAAACGACGUUGAAGAUACGACAGAUGUGAGUGUUUCCGGUGACGGUACCUGGAAGAAGCGCGGCUUCGCAUCACUAUAUGGUGUGAGUUCACUAAUCGGAUAUUAUUCGGGAAAAGUCUUGGAUGUGCUUGUAAAAUGCUCUUACUGUAAAUUAUGUGAGUCUUGGGAAAAAAAAUUGAACACGACAGAGUAUGAAGAGUGGAAAGAAGAACAUAUCGCAACAAAUCAAUGCAGCGCCAAUCACACUGGAGCAUCUGGGAACAUGGAAGUAUCUUCGAUUGUUGAAAUGUUUAAACGCUCUAUUGUAAAAUAUGGCCUGAGGUACGUAAACUAUAUAGGAGAUGGGGAUUCAAAAACAUACUCUGGUAUUCUCAAAGCCCAACCUUAUGGUGAAGAUUUUGUUAUCAACAAAAAAGAAUGCGUUGAACAUGUGCAGAAGAGGAUGGGUACCCGUUUACGUAAUUUAGUCAACAAAACAGUUGAGGAAAAACUAGUCAAAGGUAAAAAAACCAAAAAAAAAACUCUUUCUGGCAAAGGUAAACUGACUGGUAAAUUAAUUGACAAAUUAACUGUUUAUUAUGGUUUGGCAAUAAGAAGAAAUUGUGAGUAAGCGGAAAAAAUGAAAGACGCUAUAUGGGCUACUUAUUAUCACUACAGCUCUACAGACAAAAAUCCUCAGCACGGAAAUUGCCCAAAAGGUCCAAACUCCUGGUGCGCCUGGCAGCGAGCAUCGGCUACGAACACACUUUCAUCAUUCAAACAUGAUUAUACUCCAAUACCAGAUGAUGUUUUGACUGCAAUGAAACCUAUCUAUGAAGAUCUCAGUAAGGAUGAGCUUCUGGAGCGGUGUGUUGGCGGUUUUACACAAAAUAAUAAUGAAAGCUUGGACCAGUUAAUCUGGAAGAUCACUCCAAAAAUACUUCCUGCUGGUUCAAAGAUCGUUAAUAUUGCUGCAUUGGUGGCUGCUUGCACUUUUAAUGAAGGAUCAUCAGAUUUAUUAUUAUUUAUGCACGGUAUGGAUUUGAAACUUGGCCGAAAUUCCCACGAAUAUGUCCGAAAUUCAGAUGAAAACCGUGUGUGCGCAGCCGAAAAAAAAUCUGCGAACGAGACUCGCGCAGCCAGGAUUCGUCGUAGACAGGAGCAAAAGAAUGUCCUGGACAUUGCAGCUGCUUCAGGUUCUUUACUCUAUGGCCCAAGAAUCGACGAUUCAAUAUGAUCCUGUCAUGAGUUCUACUGUCAACGCGGACGCACCUUUUUUCCGAGAGGUCACCGGAAAUGACAUCACAUUGCCGGAGUUUUGAAUAUUUUCCUUUGAAAAUUUCAGAAAUUUUUUUUCAAAUGUAUAUCA